GAAAUUCAGUCUACAAGUCUUCAGCUCACCGGGAGCACAUGCAUUGCAAACAGGAGUAAGAAAAAUAGCUAAUCUUAAGCUUCAAACUUCCAUUCCUGCAUAUAUUUGCCAGAUAUGCUGAUGAUAAAAAAGUAAGAACUAUUGUAAAUCCAUGAAUUGUAUUAUAAAUUCAGAUUCUCAAUCAAUUGCAGUUGUCAACUAUCACCCGUUACUAUUUUAUUCAAGGCUCACUCUAGAUUUCCCUGCAGCGGCCGCGCCACCACGUCACAGCUUAAUCACUUCCGAGCUUUGAAUCUCUCAUCCCACCACCUCUCAAGCUUGUGCUACUGAACCACCUACUGAACCACCUCGUCGCAGAACACAACGCACGGCGCAGAAUUCCACCCCAGUAUCGGAAACUUUCUACGAAUUAAGUACAGAUCCUGAGAUAUCUUCCAGACCGGCAAAAUGUCUGCAAAGAUCGAUAAGAUCAUUGCGCGUUUGCAAGAAAAAACCGCAGAAGGUACCUACUACGAAGCGCACCAACAAACCCGCGUCGUCGCUUCCCGCUACAUCAAAUCCCAAAACUACCCCGCCGCAACCGACAUUCUCUAUUCCGUUUCGCUCUCUCUGCUGCAAGCGUCUCAGGGCGGUUCCGGGGGUGAUCUCGCUCUCUUCCUCCUCGAGGUCUACAACACUUCAGCCCUAACCUGCGACUCCGCAUCCAAAGGCCGACUCUUCACACUCCUGCGUGCGUUUUCGCCCGAAGAACCCAGUCGCAAGCGCUUCAUUACCGAGACCAUCGCGUGGAGUUCCAAGACCUCUGCGUACCCGGCUGGCGAUCCGGAAUUGCAUCAUGUGAUAGGAAGUUUGCUCGCAGAGGAGGGAGAAGCGUAUGAUGCGGAACGACAUUUGAUACUCGGCACGAAGGAUUCCGCGGAGGUGUUGGCUAAGAUGGAAUAUGAAUGGUAUCUUGAGGAUGAUAGUCAUACUGCUGCGCUGUAUGCGAGUCGAGCUGUGUUGCCUUAUUUACUAGUUGGGAAUGUGCGGGAUGCGCGCAAGAGUUUGGGGAUUUUCACGACCCGUUUGCGAGAGGCGAAUGCGGGGUUGACGGUGCAGGAAUUGGGGGGCGCGAAUGAGGAUAUUAAGAUUUACCCUUCUAUUCCCUUGCUGAAUUUUCUGGGAUUGUUGUUGGUAGCGGUGCAGAAGGGAAACUCGUUGGAUUUCAAACAGUUGAUGAAGAAGUAUGCGGGACAGAUGAAAGAAGCUGGAGAGCUGUGGGAGGAGGCGUUGACGAGCGUGGGAGAAAUGUAUUUUGGAAUUCAGAGACCGAGACAGGGAAAUCCUUUGUUGGAUAUGAUGGGGAGUAUGUUUGGGGGUGGAAUGGGGGGUGGAGCACAGCAACCGCAAGCUAGGAGGAUUGGUCAGUCGGGGGGUGCACCAGUGGCCGAGGGUCUUGAUUAGAGCAGAGGCUUUACAUUGGACGGGGGAGCAAUGGAUGAUUGAUGGUCUCAAACUGCAAGUUGUUCAAUUCCAGAGAAGCAGAAAAGAUAGAUACCAAUACCAAUACUCCGUAAGACUACCGUAAUUUGUAGGAUCA